AUGAUUCGAACUAUAUCUGACUUGACAAUAUUCGUCUUUGGUUUAAUGGCUAUUAUAGUAGGUCUACUCGGUUUAAUGAAUCCUGAAACAAUUUUAAGCCAAAUGAAUUUCAUCGUUCUUGAUCGAUCAACACGUCAAAAUGGUGAUUAUACUAUAGCAUUCUUACUCUGUUCAUCGAUGGCUUCACUUAAUAUGGGUAUUUAUUAUUUACUAGCAGCAUGGAAUCAAUGGACAAAAUUCUAUCAAUUUACAGUUGUUUUUCGGUUGUUAACUGUUACUAUGUUCAGUUUGGCUAUUAAGAAUGGUCAUGCACCAGAAGGUUUUAUUAGCGUGGUAAUAUGGGAGUUAUUAGGGGCAUUAAUAACAGGCACAGCUUUGUGGUAUGAUGCGAAUACUAGAGUGAAUAAAGUGAAUCGGACAUCAUAA